UGAAAAUCAUUCGGCAUUUCGGAAGAAAGUCGCUUCCAAACUGAUUUAUUCUCCGUUUCGUUUUUCAACGAAAAAGCACAGCGAACAACAGGAAAACCUGCUUCCUGCGAGCGCUCACCGCGAAGGCGGAGCAGAGCCAAUAGGAACGCGGCCUGCGGUGGCGCUCGACCAAUAGGAGAGCGGAUCCCUCCGGUUUCCAUGACAGAAGUUACAGUAACAUGACAGUCGCUCACCAAGCUGCCUGCGGGAGCGACGUCAGUUUAGCAUCUCCGCUUUUUUAAAAUUAUCUUUGACUGAUUUCAGUUGCUCCUAAGUUAGCUGGGCUUAGCCGCUGGUUACAAUCGAACGUUAUUGCUUUUCUUGGUUUUUUUAAAACUAUCUUUGAUCAACCUGCUCCUUGCAGCCCGCUGGACAGUAAUGUAGCUCAGUUAGCGACAUUAUAGCGAAAAAAUAAACUCGAAACCAGCUGAUUUGGUCUGAAACUGAAACUUGACCGACCAAAACAGACAACUACGACAUUUUUCUUUGUUUUUUUUAAGCGUUUUUCUCCAACUGACUUGCUUUUUAAACGCAUUUGUUACUCGACUAGCAGCUGGGCUAGCUAGUUUAGCCUAAAUAACCGACACAAAACGGAGACAGUCGGUUAACUAACAGUUAGUUAGUCAACAAAGGGAAUUAUUAGCUGUUUGGCUGCAUUUCGGACCUGCUUUUUCGUUGUUUGUCCUCCAAAGCUGCCUCUGGUAACGUUAUAGCCUGCAAGCUAACGGCUUUGUCGGUUAAAACCCAGUAAAACCAGUGCUAUUCCAGUAAAUAAACCACAACAUACUGCGUCUAGGUACCUUCAACAGUGUUUCAGACAGGCUGGCUUAUCCAAGAAAGCAAAGCUGGUAUUUAACGUAGCUAACGUAACAGGGUUGAGAGCAGCGUUAGGCUUGUUUUGACAACUUCAUCAGCGCAUUUUCAUGUCAACCCCGUGUGUUUUUUAUUCUCAAGGCCUUCGUUUUGUAGCUCUUUUGUUCAAUUUACUUUCCAUGGACCUUCCGAAAGCCAACCUUUGCUGAUUUAGUUAGCCAGCUUUGCGAAUGUAAUGUGGAGCAGCAGCUAACAGCUAACAGGAGAGGCAUUAAAACCACUCUGGAGGCUUUUUUCACUCGGAUUCAGACCCAGUUUGGACCCUUUUUCACUCCGUUUAUUUACAUUUAUUUUGUUUUGCAGUUAUCAGAAUCACUCGGGGGGGAAAAACCAGCGCAGGCUUAAGCUAAUCUGUCAAAGGGCACAUCUUUCUUAUCAGAGCGGAAUAAGCUGCUAUUAAUAUCACCCAGAUAUUCCAGAUAUCGACAUUGUUUUUUGCUUGUUUUUCCCCUUUUUUUUGGGCCUGGGGGUUUUUUAAUGUCCAGCUUAGCUUAGCUUGUUUUUUUAUUCUCCAACAUCCAGCACAGCCGCCGAAACGGAGAGGGAACAACAGACAAACAGCGGGCAGCUUGUUUUCCUAUUUCUGAGCCGGAGUGUCAUUUUUAUUAUAUCGGCUUGUUAUUGUUGAAAAUGGCCGCCAUCGGGAUGGUGCAGAUGUUGAUCGAAGCUGCUGAGUAUCUUGAUCGCAGAGAAAGAGAAGCGGAACAUGGAUAUGCCUCAAUGCUACCUUUCACCAGCCACAAAGACAGGGACGGCUCCAAACGGAAAAACAAAAACAAGAAAAAUUGCAGCAGCAGGUCCACACACAAUGAAAUGGAGAAGAACAGACGGGCACAUUUACGGCUAUGUUUGGAACGCUUGAAAUCCCUGGUGCCCCUGGGACCAGACUCCAACAGGCACACCACCCUCAGCCUACUAAUGAAGGCCAAGGAACACAUCAAGAGGUUGGAGGAGAGCGAGAGGAAGGCUCAGCACACAAUAGAGCAGCUUCAGCGGGAGCAGAGGCACCUGCGCAGACGGCUGGAGCAGCUGGGAGUGGAACGCACGCGCAUGGACAGCAUGGGUUCCACUGUGUCAUCGGACAAAUCCGACUCUGACCAAGAAGAGCUGGACGUGGACGUAGAAGGUACAGACUACCUGCUGGGGGACCUGGAGUGGAGCACCAGCAGUGUGAGUGACUCAGAUGAGCGAGGCAGUCUGCGGAGCAGCUGCAGCGAUGAGGGCUACUCCAGCGCCAGCCUUCGCCGCCUUGGCACCACUCAGGAGAAGAGCCCUGCGCUGGGCUGCAGUCUAUAAGAGCACAUCCUCUCCUCCUCCGCCUCCCCAGGCCUCCACCUGCCCACAUUGCCCACCUCACCUCAACACUCCGCUUACCUCCCAGCCACCUACAGCCAGGCAGAGCUGGUUUAGUACCUUGAAUAAGCUUUCUCUCUUGUCCGGGAUUGGAUGGGUGAAUCAAGAACUGUCCUUGUCUCGGCAGGUUGUGUCCUCUGAUGUUCGUCGAAGUAAGACCACUGAUCUAGGUUCAGUUUUUGCACCAUGUGUCCUUACUAAUACAGUGAUACUGGCUGAGAGGAGCUUGACCAUAGAUCAGUGCUCUUACUAUCAGAUACCCGAUGCAUAAGAACCCAGGACUUGUUCCGAAAACCUCAAUGGCUUUCUCUCCUUUGCGAGAGAGAGUAUUUCAAAUGAAAGAAAGAAGACUGGAAGGAUAAAAGCAGGAUGAUCGCUGUCCACUGCUGUCUCUUCUUAGAAAGAGUAUGAAGAGCAGAAAUCAAUGGGAGGAAGAUUAGAGAGAGCACAGGAGUGAACCUGCAGUUUCUGCCAACCACACCUCAUAUAUCCAGCGCAAAUUUGGCCGGGCAGAGCCAGCAGAACCCCUUUCAUCACUGAUACGCCUCCUGAUACGACCUUGUCAAGUCCCCUCAAGUCUUCACUCUGCACCGUCCAAUCAGCAGUAGAGGGGCAGAGAAUUACUGCCUGCUGUCGUCCGAUCAGACCUUCCUUCCCUUUCGUUGCCCCUACCUCGCCAUCAUCCUGUCCAGUGACGGAGAGAGGCUCUUGCUCUUGUCCAUCCCUCUUAAAAGCUCUUAAAAAGGGCUGAACCUUUGAACACCCCUGAAAGUGGUGUGCAUCAUACCAGAGAAUGUGUAUCAUACCACACCCACUGCCUACUCAACUCCUCUCUGGGCCAAUCGUACGCAGUCCGUCUGUCACCGCCUUCCAUUCUCCUCCAAUCAGACUGGACCGUCCAGACACAGGGCUAGGUCACCUGACCGGUCAGCUGACCUAUCAGAGCAUGGAAUUUUGCACUUCAGAGUAACCUGUUGGUGCAAGCUGCCUCUUGCCGCAGAUCUGAGAGCAGUAUUAUUGUUCGUGACCGUUCUGAGAUCAGUGAGAAAAGGGCUGCUUCUACCAAGAGCUCAGAUCACACAGCAGGAACGUUUUCGGGUCAGGAAUAAAAACGACAAAAACGAAAAAAAAAAAACAAAAGGUGUGCGGGCAUGUCAUCGUUAUCGUCAUCGUCGUUGGUUUUAUUUUUUUAUUUUAAUUUUUUUCCCCUCUUCAGAGGGACUGCAGCUACUCUAGUUCUGUAUCAGGUGUAGUCUUUUAGCUAGUCUUAAGAAAUAUCUUCCUGCACUGUCCAACGUCCACCCCCACCUCUCUGGACUGGGAGCCAUGGGACAUUUACCAAGCACUGGUGUGAUGUCAUUCUUCUCAGCAACUACUACUACGACUACAGUUCUCCGGGGAAUUUGUGGAAGAUGCCUUUUAUACAGAUGUGAGGUCUUUUGAAAUGUCUUAUAAAUUAAAGCAUAGUUUAAUCAAACAUUGCUGAUGUGGCUUAACGGGAACUAAUAGGCCUGUCACGAUUAAUCCUUAUAUAAAAAUUUGGCUUAUCAGUUGAAUUUUUCUUUUUUGUUUAUUUUUUUUGCAACCAAAGCUUAAAUAUUUCUGUUGAAACUGUGAAAAUGUGAGGGAAAAACACUUUUUCUGCAAGCGUACAUGCUAAAACAUUCCCCAAAUGUGUUAUAG